AUGACACAAGAGUCUUCGGUAAAUAUCGCAGAGGCGUACAAGCAAAUUAGUGAGGCCGAGGCCCGUGCGGCGGAAUUGGAGAGACUGCUUGAUGCGUUUGAAGCAAAACUCGAUUCCAUACUCAAAGAUGCCGAGGACAUAAGCAAAGAGUCAUCUAAAAUAGACAGAGAAGCAUCAUCUUCUUCUUCAUCUUCAUUGUCAACAGCAACAACAACAGCAACAGAAAGCGAAAAAGAAAAAAAAGAAGAAAAAGAAAACUUAUUGAACGAAGCUGAUGAUGAGUCAGUCGGUGACCGACAAGAAACGAGCCAAUAA